UUCACUGCAACACGAUGCUCCCAAAGACCUGACUCCGUAUCAUGGAAUAGGCCACGGCGUGAACAUUAUACAAUCACACGAACCACCCAACCACCCAAGAAUACAAUGUGCCUCGUCUUGAUCAGACACUGGACACCCUGCCUCCAUAUGCGCGGCCGUUGCGUAGACCAGUGUAGGAUCAACGUCGCAGCACCCGCUGUACCCAGCGAGGACUGUGCCCAUAGGAAGGACAUCUACACAAGUAGUGCCGAAAACGAAGAAUGUCCGAUCUGCAUUCGGCGGAGACUCUUCGAGGAGCAUGUUGAGCAGCAGCAGGAUGGUAUGCAGCCUGAAGUUCAUGGUCCCAUGACUCGGGCCUCCGAAACGCAUACGAACAGCGGCGUCAGUGUUCGUACUGGACGGCAGGAGUCUGCAGAGGUGCGGAAGGGACAAGCUAUGGCAGACAUAUCGAGGAACUUCUGUUGGGACGAGUAACGGUCUAUACUGAAAUCUCUAUAACAAUGCGGGUUGCGCAUCGACUUUGGCCUAGUGUCAGACUAUGCCUCGAGAG